AUGGGCCGGCUAACUUUGUCGACGCAGCUGCCUCUCCGAGGUCUGAUCAGCCUCGUCCUGUGCGCGUCGAAACGAGAGCCUCGGAAGAUGCCAGACGGGAACGGAGACGUGUCCUGCUGCGGAAAAAUCGUGCAGAGCAACGGGCGAGACGAAUCUGAAUUGCGUUGUCAAACUCAAAUGGCAGGCCAAGCGGUGGAGCAAGCUCCUCGAUUGGCCUGUUUCUCGGCUGCACGCCAGAGGUCUAGCGAUUUUCUAGAAGGCGGCAGCGAAGUUUUGCUAGGAGCUCCUCACGUGUGCACUGGCGCCACGCCUGCUGCUGCUGGCACGUUGCCGGCCACCAAUCCGGACGGGCGACCGACCGACCGCAUCGCAUCUGUCGCCGGGGCGGGGACGACGAUAACGCCUGCUCGUGUUGGGGUCCGGCGGGGACAGCGAGCAUCUUGGGCUGCCGCAAGGACAGGCUCGCUUUGGCACAGGCAAGGCACAAGCAGGGCCUGCUGA